AUGUCCAGAUCGGGGGACAGGACUUCCACCUUUGACCCGAGCCACAGUGAUAAUCUUCUGCAUGGUCUAAACCUGCUGUGGAGAAAGCAGCUCUUCUGUGAUGUAACUCUCACAGCCCAGGGACAGCAGUUUCAUUGCCACAAAGCUGUGCUUGCCUCUUGUUCCCAAUACUUCAGAUCACUGUUUUCCAGCCACCCAGGGCAAGAUGGCCUGUCAUCAAUCCCAAAGGAGCAGCAGCAGUCGGAGGAGCCUGGGACUCCCUCUUCAUCCCCUGAUGACAAGCUUCUGGUCAGCCCCAGGGCCAUUAACAACCUAGUUCUACAGGGAUGCUCCUCUAUAGGACUACGGCUGGUCCUGGAGUAUCUUUACACAGCCAAUGUUACUUUGUCCUUGGACACAGUGGAGGAGGUUCUAUCAGUCAGUAAGAUUCUGCACAUCCCUCAGGUGACCAAGCUGUGUGUACAGUUCCUCAAUGACCAGAUCUCUGUGCAGAACUAUAAGCAGGUGUGCAAAAUUGCAGCCCUACAUGGACUAGAGGAAACCAAGAAGCUGGCCAACAAGUAUUUGGUGGAGGAUGUGCUGCUACUCAACUUUGAAGAGAUGCGCUCUAUGCUCGACUCACUUCCACCUCCCGUGGAGUCUGAACUUGCUCUUUUCCAGAUGUCUGUGCUAUGGCUGGAACAUGAUAGGGAAACCCGUAUGCAGUAUGCACCUGAUCUGAUGAAAAGGCUCCGCUUUGCUCUCAUACCAGCCCCAGAGUUGGUAGAGAGGGUGCAGUCAGUGGAUUUCAUGAGGUCUGACCCUGUGUGCCAAAAGCUACUUCUGGAUGCUAUGAACUACCACCUGAUGCCUUUCAGACAACACUGUAGGCAGAGCCAAGCCAGCAGGAUUCGAUCCAACAAGAAAAUGUUAUUAUUAGUUGGUGGACUGCCCCCGGGGCCGGACCGACUGCCCAGCAACCUGGUUCAGUACUAUGAUGAUGAAAAGAAGACAUGGAAGAUACUUACAAUCAUGCCAUAUAACAGUGCACAUCAUUGUGUGGUGGAAGUGGAGAACUUCUUGUUUGUGCUAGGAGGAGAAGACCAGUGGAAUCCUAAUGGAAAGCACAGUACAAACUUUGUAAGUCGCUAUGAUCCGAGGUUUAACAGCUGGAUACAACUACCACCCAUGCAAGAAAGGAGAGCCAGUUUUUAUGCAUGCCGGCUGGAGAAGCACUUAUACGUAAUCGGGGGAAGGAAUGAAACCGGUUAUUUGUCUAGCGUGGAGUGUUACAAUCUGGAGACCAACGAAUGGCGUUACGUAUCUUCAUUGCCACAGCCUCUGGCAGCUCACGCAGGAGCGGUACACAAUGGCAAAAUAUACAUAUCCGGCGGUGUACAUAAUGGAGAAUAUGUCCAGUGGUUAUAUUGCUAUGACCCCGUAAUGGAUGUUUGGGCCAGAAAGCAAGAUAUGAACACUAAAAGGGCAAUCCAUGCCUUAGCAGUAAUGAAUGAUCGCCUGUAUGCAAUCGGAGGGAACCAUUUAAAAGGCUUUUCCCAUCUUGAUGUCAUGCUUGUGGAGUGUUAUGACCCAAAAGGAGAUCAGUGGAAUAUUUUACAGACGCCUAUUUUGGAAGGUCGCAGUGGUCCAGGGUGCGCGGUUCUGGAUGAUAGGUUUUAUCUUGUUGGAGGUUACAGCUGGAGUAUGGGAGCGUACAAGUCUUCGACUAUUUGUUACAGUCCCGAAAAGGCAAGUUGGACAGAACUGGAAGGGGAUGUUGCUGAACCAUUAGCAGGACCUGCCUGCGCGACGGUCAUACUGCCAGCUUGUGUCCCCUAUAACAAGUAGCAUUAGGACAUUGCAGGACUUACUACGUUUGCUGAACUUCUCUAAGUGGAUUUAUGACUUUUAAAA